AUGAGUUGUAUAAGCCCUGAAGUUUACGCUGAUAUUACUAAUAAUAUUGAUGCUAUUUAUUUAGAGUCAAUACAAUUGAUUACUAAUGACAAACGUUCAUACGAUCUGAUUGUUGACCUGGGCUUCGGUGACGGCAGAUUAACCCGAAUGUUGUCCCAAAACGUAUCGCACAAACAAUUGAUAGCCAUCGAUGUCGUACCCGAAAUGUUAGCACACGCUGUGGCCAACAGUUCAGACGAUACCAGCAUUGAGUAUGUCUUACAAGAUAUGAGUGUCCCGUGGCUUGAGUUGAGUCCACAUAUCAGACAAUUGGAGUCCAAAGUGGAUCUACUGUUCACUAACGUAACGCUAAACUAUAUGUCAAAUAAACGGCAAAUAAUGGAAAUCAUUGGAAAGUUGCUGACAAACGGUGGACUGUUUUUUGCUAAUAUUGUUAUUUACAAAGAUCUGAAUGAAAAACAACUGUUGGACAAUAAGUUUGAGGAAAGUCAACAACAACUGUGUUGUCAAUCAAUUGAUCAACAAUUUAAUGAUUGGAAACAAUCAUUAAUCGACAAUAAGUUUCAUAUAAAACAAUUUAAACUAUUGGAUGAAAAUGAAAUAAUGACUCGAAAACAGAUAAUAGAUUAUAUGCCAGAAAUAUUAGACUGCUCUACUAUCUAUUAUAAAGAUCGGACCCUUUUUGACAAAGAGGUCAAAAGUGACCGCUUUAAAGAUAAAGUGUUUAACACGUAUUUUAGUUUACCAGUCGGAGCGUCGGUAACUGAGACCAACCAUCAACCAGUGUUGAUGUCGUGGAAACAAUUUUUAGCGGACAAUAGUAUUAAUGAAAUGAAAUUUUCCUGGCAUUUCAUACAAUUCAAGGCAUACAAUAAAUAA